UUAUGCUCUGCCCCCUUGAGCUGAGAAUGGAAAAGUGAAGCGUCGGUCUGGAGGAGCAGAAUGCUCUGUAAUCCAUAAAUCCCCCAAUUUUCUCACAUCCCAAAAAUUAAAGAAUAAACUUUUAGUAAUUACUACUAAUCAUAACAAAACCCUUUUCUCUUCUGGAUCUCUCCCUCCUCCCUCCUCCCUCCUCUCUUUCUCUCUAGGGUUUUUGCUUCUGCUUAUCUUCGGCUCCCUAUAAAACGUGCACUUCAUUUUGUUAAGGAAAAGCAGUCAAGAGUAAGCUUUUUGCAUUUUUUCAUCAAUGGGUGACGCAGAACAUGCACUUCCCCCCUCGAAGAAAAGAGCUGCUGGACGUGAGAUCUCAAAAGACAACCCUGGUCUGGAUGAUGAGGAAGAUUCGGGAGAGCAAGAGACUGGAACUUUCAAGAGGGCCAGUGAUGAGGUGCUGGCCAGCAGACGAAUUGUGAAAGUUCGUCGCAAUCAGAUCUCAUCAACCCCUUCAUCUAAUCCAUUUGCUGGGAUUCAGCUGGUUCCUCCUACCGAACCAACUACAGCAACUUCCGUGGCAGCAACCAAAGAAGUCACUACUAGUGAGAGAGUUUCAGAAGAAGGGAAAACCGAUUCUGUUGAAGAAGCUGAAAAGGGCAAGGAUGAGACUAGCAAGGAGUCAGAAAGCAAGGUUGAAGAGCCAGUAGCUGAAACUGCUGCAAAGGAGGAGACCACAGAGGAUAAGGAGAAUGAUAAUGUAGUCAACGAGGCAACCAAAUCCACGCUUGAUAAAGAAAAGGCAGAAGAAGAUGACAAGAUUCAGAAUGAAAAAGCAGUGGGUGGAGAAGAGACGCUGAAUAAAAAGGCAGCGGAGGGUGAUAAGGAAAGUGAAGAGAAGAAGGACAGUGGUAAUGAAAAAAUAGAUCCAAGUUCUGAAAGCACACGUUUGAGUUCAUUCCAACAGCUUUCAAGUAGCCAAAAUGCAUUCACAGGGCUUGCUGGAACUGGAUUUUCCACUUCAACAUUCACCUUUGGUUCAAUUCCUAAUAAAGAUGGGUCUCCAUCAGGCCCUGGCACUGGUUCUUUGUUUGGGCAGAAAACUGACCAGGCUUCAUUCGGCUUUGGUCUUUGUAAUAAUGGUAAUUCCUCAAUCUUCCAGACAACAGGGCCUUCUAUUGUGUCAAAGAACGAGGGAGCCGGUUUUCCAUCAAUGCAAGAGGUUCCAGUUGAGACAGGAGAAGAGAAUGAGAGAGUAGUUUUCUCUGCUGAUUCAGUGUUAUUUGAGUUCUUUAAUGGUGUCUGGAAGGAGCGAGGAAAGGGGGAACUCAAGAUUAAUGUCUCAACAACUGGGACAGAAAGAGCCAGACUGCUUAUGAGAGCUAAGGGUAACUACAGGUUAAUUCUGAAUGCAAGUCUUUACAGUGACAUGAAGCUCACAAAUAUGGACAAGCGAGGCAUCACAUUUGCGUGCAUUAAUAGUACUGGUGAAAACAAGGAUGGUCUUUCUACAUUUGCGCUGAAGUUCAAGGAUGGGUCCAUAGUAGAAGAGUUCCGAACAGUUGUUGAAGCACAUAAAGGUAAAACAGCUACAGAUCUGAAGACUCCAGAGAAUUCACCCAAGGCUUCUGAUGAUUGAAAGGAAUGCUGCAUUAAUAUACAGAAUUCUUCCCCCUGGGCUGCUGGGACAAAAGAAGAAACUUAUUUAACUUCUUUUGGAGUCCUUCUUGAACUGAACUCUAUGUAGUAGGGUCUUAAAAGAGCUGGGUCCCUUGUUUUUGUUUUGCAACUUGAGCGUAGUUCUCAGGAGAAUGUUAUUACUUUGAAUUUGGGGCAAUCCUUGGGAGUGCAUAAGUUGCAGCUCGAGAGAGAGACUUUAAAUGUUUGACAAUUUUAUAGUUGCUCCCUCUAAUAAGGGAUGAUAUAAAACACCAAAUAGCAUA